GAUGAUGAUUUCCUUAGUAGUCUUGAUGACAUUAACCUACCUGAUGGAGUAAAUCGUCUCUAUCUAAGCGAAGAUCACAAAGAAAAUUCUUCGAUUCAAGGUAAUCCCACCGUCCACAACGCGCACAAGUCGCAAUCAAAUGCUCCCAAAGAUACCGGCUUUAUUGGACACACAAAUGAAGAAAAGCCCGAGGAAAAUUGUGCUAGUAGCGAUUAUAAGGUGCGACGUCAGCAUCAUUUUUCCCCACGUGAUCCCGUCGAGGUGUGGCUUAGUUGGAGUCAAACUGGCGGCACAAUUCCCGGCUACUCUUUUCCUGAAGAUCCGGUGACCAGUCCCGGACAGCAUGCGCCUGGAGCGUGGUGGAUUGGACGUGUUCUUUCUAUACAGAGUGAAUUUGCUCAUGUUGAGGUUGCUGCUCUUGGAAAUUUUGAUUCUACUGAGCCGUAUAUGUCCCAGGGCCUUUCUGCUUCCGGGAUUCCGCCUCGCCUUCCCGGAGUUCCUCUGCCCUAUCGUUCUGCUAUUGUUCCUGUUGAUGCACUCAGACCAGUUUGGUCUAGUCACACUAAGGCUAGCCUAGAUCUAGCAUUAACGGGUCUUUCUGGUAUCAAUAAAGAUGCUCAAAAUCUUGAUAAGUCUACAGAAGGACUAAUAAAUGGAGAAGUAUCUCCACUUUCGAAUACAUCGGCUUCUGCUCCCCGUUUCAUGCCUCCUGUUGCUGUCAGCCUCCUUACCCCUGGCAUGCUUCAUCGCCACACGAUACUACUCCCUUCUCAUUUAUACCCUAUAGCUUCUCAGGAGAGUUCUCACAUCACUCUCGUCCGUUUUUGUGGUGCGCCUUGCUUAGUGCAAUGCGAAACUGAGCGUAUUUUGCCCAGCCAUUUGUCCGGUAGUGGUGAGCUGCAUCAGAGUCUGCCUUCAGUCGUUGGCUCUACCGCGGCCACAGCAGGCGCCUGGCUCUUGUUUCAUGGCCAAACUGGUCUGGCCCCUGCUCCUGUGCCAGUUGCUGGUCAGUUCGGCUCAGGCCCAAUCUCAUCAGCUCUUAUGGCUGCCGCUUCCUUCCAAGUUGAAGUUCCACCAACUAGCCCCGCUAUAUUGCUGGCUGGGUACCCAGGCGCAGAAGGCCCCUGGGUGCGUUUACAUAUCUGGUCCGGAAGCUCAGAGGCAGUACGCAGGGCUAGCAUUUUGGAAUCAGUGCAUCUUUCUCGAAAGGAGUCUACUCGCAAAGGCGAGCUUGAUCACCUGCCUUCUCUUCCUGAUCCCUCCUGUCUUAUGCAUCAAACUGGUCUCCCAACCAAUGGUCUAACCAGAUGCCAGUCUGGACCUCAAGUCGUUUGCGAAGAUGAAGCUGGUUACCACUUGGGCCCGUGUGGCAUCGAGGAAUGGCCUGGAAUCGGAUUCGAAACUCAACCAGCAGGUUCUACAACCAAGCCAUCGACUACAGAUGAGACUGGUAAUGCCGAUUGCAGUGGCGCUGAUGGCCUUGCGCACAGCUCCACUACAGCUAGUCAGGUGCCCACACUACCAAUGCAAAUUGUACCUAUCCAUAUUCCCGUUCUUGAGCCUCCCAAUCAGCAGAUCCCGUCUGCUGGAGUAAAUGCGGCAGUGACUUCAGGGCGAUCUGCGGUUAUUGGUGCGCCCAGCCCAAGUCAGCAGCACAUGAUUGGCUAUGCGGCUCAAUUUCGUGUGCAACCUGACCUAAUAGGCUUAGUAAUCGGCACCCAAGGUGCCAAUGUCUCGCAAGCUCGCCAGCUGCCUGGUGUUCGACAGAUCAGCAUUCUCCAACAUGGCUUUAUCCAGAUAGAGGCAGAGGUAAUUUUGGGUUACUGGCAUGGCAUCUAG